UGCGGGAGGGGGCGUGUCCCGGGUGCCCCUGGCGCCGGCGCUGGGAAUCCCCGUGCGGUCAGUGGCGUUUCCGCUCGGGCAGCGGGCUGAGUGAGCUGCUGCCGCUGCCGCCGCCGCCGCCGCCGCCGCCGCCGCCGCCGCCGGGGGAGGGGCGGCCGCCGCCCGCCUGCGCUCAGAGACUCACGCAGCCCCAGUCCCGCCAGUCCGCCAACACUGUAGUGCCGGCCCCCCUUCCUUCCCUGGCCCUUCCCCCUCCCCGCCUUUGGCUCGCUCCGCCUUUCUGCCCCCCACCCCCACCUCACGGGCACGGGCCAUUCCCGGCCAGGAAACGCCGUGGCGCCGCGUUGGGCCUAACUCGAGUCCUGCUGCCUCCCGGGAGUGCCGUGCGCCGCAGCCCGGGCCCAGGCCUGGGACAAGAAUCUGUCUUUUAGAGAUACAUGCUGAAAUAUUUAUGGACGAAAUGAUAUGUUCCUGGUGUUUGCUUUAGAAUGGAGGAGAGGUAAAAGAUGGAACAAGAUUGACUGUCUUCAGAACUACUGGCAGAUAAUUUUGGGGGACUUCAUAUUCAGAGGUCUAUAAAAAGGAUUCCUCAUGUCCAUAACAUGUUGGUUGAGGCUCUGCAGCUCACCCCCACUCUCAGAGUGGCCAGUCUCUGAUAAUUGGACCCCGUGAUUUCCACUCUCUGCUGUGUUGGACGUCAUGAGCAUUGCAAUCCCUCUGGGAGUCACCACACCAGAUACAUCCUACUCAGAUAUGGCUGCUGGAUCAGAAAAGGAAGUGGAAGCCCCCUACCUUUCAAGACGAAGUGGCACUACACCAGGAUGUGACAGUCCAGCGAAAGAGACCCAAGGGGCCUAGGGGGCAGCACACCCCCAGAAGCCAAGUCUAUUCCAGGCAGUACCAGGGAUUAGGGUCUGGGCUGGAAAAAUCCUGGUGUUUUGAAUAUGUUCAGGUCCAGUUCAGACUCUUGAUCCCACAGCCACUUCUUGAGUGAGGGUAUCCUGUCUUGGUAGUGAAUGGAAGAGGGCCUGGUCCCUGGGGCAGUGCAGAAGGCACUUUCAUCAUCUCACUCACUGCAAAUGUCAUGUGAGGUUUCAUGGAAGUAUUAAGAGAUCCAAUUAAGAAGAAUAGUUCUGAGUCUAAACCAGCCCAGAGUGGCUUCUCUAGGGGAAACUCCCUGCUCAGCUGCCCUGAAUCUGUGGAGGCUAGUCCAGCAGUUAAUGAGAAGAGCGUGUAUUCCACUCAUAAUUAUGGGACCACUCAGAGACAUGGGUGUCGAGGACUGCCUUAUGCUGAUCAUAAUUACGGAGCCCCUCCUCCUCCGACACCUCCUGCUUCUCCCCCUGUCCAGACGAUCAUCCCCCGUUCUGACCUGAAUGGCCUGCCGUCGCCCGUAGAGGAACGCUGUGGAGACAGCCCGAACUCUGAAGGAGAGACUGUUCCUACCUGGUGUCCUUGUGGUCUUUCUCAGGAUGGCUUCCUUCUCAACUGUGACAAGUGCAGGGGAAUGAGCAGGGGGAAGGUUAUUAGACUUCAUCGGCGGAAGCAGGACAACAUAUCAGGUGGGGAUAGCAGUGCAACAGAAAGCUGGGAUGAGGAGCUUUCUCCUUCCACUGUGUUGUAUACAGCAACACAGCACACACCUACAAGCAUCACCUUAACUGUCAGAAGAACCAAACCCAAGAAGCGGAAAAAGAGUCCAGAAAAGGGUCGUGCAGCACCAAAGACGAAGAAAAUCAAGGCAUUUCGAGAGGGAUCCCGGAAGUCCUUGCGGAUGAAGAAUUCUCCUUCUGAAGCACAGAAUUUAGAUGAGAACACAACUGAGGGAUGGGAAAAUCGGAUAAGACUAUGGACUGAUCAGUAUGAAGAAGCCUUCACUAAUCAGUACAGUGCAGAUGUACAGAACGCCCUUGAACAACAUCUACAUUCUAGCAAGGAAUUUGUGGGCAAACCUGCUAUUUUAGACACUAUUAAUAAGACUGAAUUGGCCUGUAAUAAUACAGUUAUUGGUUCCCAAAUGCAGCUCCAGUUGGGAAGAGUCACUCGUGUUCAGAAGCACCGGAAGAUCCUGAGGGCUGCAAGAGAUUUGGCUUUGGACACUCUUAUAAUAGAGUAUCGAGGCAAAGUCAUGUUACGGCAGCAAUUUGAGGUCAAUGGGCAUUUCUUCAAAAAACCAUACCCCUUUGUGCUCUUCUACUCAAAAUUCAAUGGUGUAGAGAUGUGUGUGGAUGCACGUACUUUCGGUAAUGAUGCUCGGUUCAUCAGAAGAUCAUGUACACCAAAUGCAGAGGUGAGACACAUGAUUGCAGAUGGGAUGAUUCACCUCUGUAUCUAUGCUGUGUCUGCCAUCACCAAGGAUGCUGAGGUCACCAUAGCAUUUGACUAUGAGUACAGUAACUGUAAUUACAAAGUGGACUGUGCAUGUCACAAGGGGAACCGGAAUUGCCCUAUACAGAAAAGGAAUCCCAGUGCUGCAGAGCCGCCACUUCCACCUCCCCCAAGCCUGCCCACCAUCGGAGCAGAGACAAGACGCAGAAAAGCACGACGGAAAGAGCUAGAGAUGGAGCAGCAGAGUGAGGCUCCAGAAGAGGAUAACAAUCAGCAACCAGAGCAGAUUCCUGAGAAAGUGAUUGUAUCCAGUGACCAUGAGGGAAUAGACAAUCCAGAAGAAAAAGCAGAAGAAGAGAAAGAAGAGAUUACAGAUGACCAGGAGAACCCAGCUCAUAGCAAGAGGACCCGGGAAGAUAGGAAGGUUGAAGCCAUCAUGCAUGCUUUUGAAAACUUAGAGAAAAGAAAGAAGCGGCGGGAUCAGCCCUUGGAACAGAGCAACUCUGACAUAGAGAUUACUACCACCACCUCAGAGACUCCUGUGGGAGAGGAGACAAAAACUGAAGCCCCUGAAUCUGAAGUUAGCAACCCUGCUUCAAACAUUGCCAUCCCAAGCAACCCACAGAGUGUUGGAGUGAACACCCGGAGGUCUUCCCAAGCAGGGGAUGUUGCUGCCGAAAAACCAGUCCCCAAACCACCUCCAGCAAAGCCUUCUAGGCCCCGACCGAAGAGUCGAAUUUCUCGGUACCGGACCAGUUCAGCCCAAAGACUAAAACGUCAAAAGCAGGCCAUUGCACAGCAGGCAGAGUUAUCACAAGCUGCCUUGGAAGAGGGGGGAAAUAACAGCUCAGUAACUCCUACUGAAGCUGGAAAUGUAGACAGUUCGGGAGAAAGCAGGCAAUUAACAGGGUCUGACCCAACUGUGGUAUCAGUUGCUGGAUCCCAUGUCAACCGUGCUGCAUCUAAAUACCCCAAAACCAAAAAGUAUCUAGUUACAGAGUGGUUGAAUGACAAAGCAGAGAAGCAAGAGUGCCCUGUUGAGUGCCCUUUACGUAUCACCACGGACCCAACUGUACUGGCAACGACCCUGAACAUGUUACCCGGUCUUGUCCAUUCCCCGUUAAUUUGCACCACCCCCAAACACUACAUUCGCUUUGGCUCACCCUUCAUCCCUGAGAGGCGUCGGAGGCCGCUGCUGCCUGAUGGCACGCUCAGCUCCUGUAAAAAGCGCUGGAUAAAGCAAGCCUUGGAAGAAGGGAUGACCCAGACAUCAUCUGUACCCCAAGAGACUAGAACUCAGCACCUAUACCAAAGUAAUGAGAAUAGUAAUUCUUCUAGUAUCUGCAAAGACAAUGCAGACUUGUUGAGCCCAUUAAAGAAAUGGAAGUCUCGCUAUCUGAUGGAGCAGAAUGUUACCAAGUUACUGCGGCCUCUUUCUCCAGUCACACCACCCCCUCCCAAUCCAGGCUCAAAGAGCCCCCAGCUGACCACACCUGGCCCAUCUCACCCAGAAGAGGAGUGUCGAAAUGGAUACAGCCUCAUGUUCUCACCAGUCACGUCUCUUACUACUGCUAGUCGCUGCAAUACUCCUCUGCAAUUUGAGAACAUAUCCUCCCCUGAGAGUUCCCCUGCGAAUAGGCCCGAGUCCCUGUCACCCGAGCUUUGUCACCGAAAAGACCUGGACUUGACAAAAGUAGGCUACCUUGACUCCAACACUAACAGCUGUGCUGACAGACCUUCCCUGAUCAGCUCGGGUCAUUCUGAGCUGACUCCUCAUCCCUCUGUCGGACCCACCUCUGAGACUGGCUUUACAAGCAGGAGUGGAGAUGGACAUCAGACCCUUGUGAGAAACUCGGACCAGACAUUUCGGACAGAGUUUAACUUGAUGUAUGCCUACUCCCCAUUGAACGCUAUGCCUCGAGCAGAUGGAUUGUAUCGAGGGUCUCCCCUAGUAGGGGAUAGGAAGCCUUUACAUUUGGAUGGGGGCUAUUCCCCUGCAGAAGGGUUUCCCAGCAGAUAUGAGCAUGGUUUUAUGAAAGACCUCUCUCGUGGAUCCAUGUCACCUGGUGGCGAAAGGGCUUGUGAAGGAGUCCCAUCUGCCCCCCAGAACCCACCACAGAGGAAAAAGGUAUCCCUGCUGGAGUACCGCAAACGGAAACAAGAAGCCAAGGAAAAUUCUGCUGGUGGGGGAGGUGACUCUACACAGAGCAAAAGCAAGUCUGCAGCUGGGCAAGGCAGCAGUAACUCACUUUCUGACACUGGUGCCCAUGGUGUGCAGGGAUCCUCAGCCCGAACCCCAUCUUCCCCUCACAAAAAGUUCUCCCCGUCUCAUUCCUCUAUGUCUCAUUUGGAGGCAGUAAGCCCAUCGGAUUCCAGAGGCACUUCAUCUCACUGCAGACCUCAAGAGAGUAUCAGCAGUAGGUGGAUGGUUCCCACAUCAGUAGAACGACUCCGAGAAGGAGGGAGCAUCCCCAAGGUCCUCCGAAGCAGUGUGAGGGUGGCCCAGAAAGGAGAGCCUUCUCCCACGUGGGAGAGUAACAUCACAGAAAAAGACUCAGACCCUGCAGAUGGUGAAGGCCCAGAGACACUGAGCUCAGCACUCUCUAAAGGAGCAGCCGUUUACAGCCCUUCCAGAUACAGCUACCAGCUCCUGCAGUGUGAUAGUCCACGGACAGAAUCACAAAGCCUCCUUCAACAGAGUUCCUCCCCCUUUAGAGGACAUCCCACCCAGUCUCCGGGAUACAGUUAUCGAACUACUGCACUGAGACCUGGGAACCCCCCUUCUCAUGGUUCUUCAGAAUCCUCCCUCUCUUCCACGUCCUAUUCCAGCCCUGCCCACCCUGUGUCCACAGACUCGUUGGCCCCAUUUACGGGGACACCAGGGUAUUAUAGCAGCCAGCCACAUUCUGGAAACAGCACCGGCAGCAGUCUUCCAAGGAGGAGCUGCCCUUCUAGUGCUGCUAGCCCUACCCCGCAGGGCCCCUCAGACUCGCCGACCUCAGACUCGGUUUCCCAGUCCAGCACAGGAACUCUGAGUUCCACCUCCUUUCCUCAGAACUCUAGGUCGUCAUUGCCAUCAGACUUCCGGACUAUCAGUCUGCCCAGUGCUGGGCAGUCAGCUGCCUACCAGGCCUCCAGGGUAUCUGCGGUUUCCAAUUCACAGCACUACCCACAUCGAGGGAGUGGGGGUGUGCACCAGUACCGGCUCCAGCCACUGCAGGGGUCGGGGGUCAAGACUCAGACAGGACUUUCCUAGGGCUUCUGGAUUUGGGCAAACAGAACUUGAAUGAGCCCAUAGCUGCUUCCUUCCAGCUGCCUCUGGAACCUAGGCCGAGCAUAUUGCUGGGGGAGGGGGUACAAGGUGCCAGAGGAUUGGGUCUGGUCAACAAGAAACAAGACUUGUGGUCGUGACUGGCUCUGGCCUUGGAGAAAGAUGUAAAUCUUGUCUGAAGCAGAGACUAUAAAGAAGUUUCUCCCUGCUGUUAAGGGUACAUUGUUGACAAGCAAAUGGUGUUUCGGUUAGUAAUGGUUCUAAGUGCAAUGAGUUGUGUUGAAGCCUCCGUCUCCCAUCCUUGCCUGUAUCCUGUAGUCACUUGUGCAGUGAGGACAUCUUUUUAAAUCAAAAAAAAAAAA